AUGUGGAGCCUCAAGGUAACACUGCAAAUGUGUGAACUGGGACUUGGAAUCCUAUCCUGUUUUCCCAUCUUGAGCUCUAAAACACCAUAUUCCAUAGACUUCAAUCUUCACAUCAUCGUACCAGACAGGCGCGCUCAACUUGCUCCGAACCGCACUCCACCACCACAUGUGCACCCACCUGGCGAGGCUAAAUGCGCGGCUCCCGGAACAAACACCUCCCACCCGGGCCUAGCUCUCCUCGCCCGGGGACAGCGGUCACACCUGUUUGAUAAAUGUGAAGGCAGGCCCACGACGGCCCCCUGGACACCAGGCGCGGCCCGGCUCUCGCUCCCCGGCCCCCAGCCUCCCUCACCCGUGGAGGACUCGCGGUCGGCGCUCCUCUCCAGGCCCGUCGGACUCUCACCCACCCGGGCACACAGCACCGGAUCCGGAUCCGGCUUCAGCGCCAGCCCCACCUCCUCCUCCACCUCCCGCGCCACGGUUGCCGUCGCGGCCGCCCCUGAGCGAGCCGCCACCGGGACGUGGCAACGCCGCCAACGCCUCCGCCCCACCCCGGGCCGCUUACGCAGGGCCUCGCGCAGGCGGGCGGAGGUGCUCCGAGGGCGAGGGGCGGGCCGGGGCGGGGCGUGCGGCGGGCUUUCGCACGUGGGGCGCGGCGAGGACCGCCCCCGCGGGGACUCCGCCUCCCGGCGGCGCGGGGGCCCCACCCGGGCUCGCUCCCUGCGGUCAUUCCCGCGGCCUCCAGCUCUCGGCUUCUCGGGAAAUAACUCUGCUUAGGAGUCAGCGAAGCACCUCUUGUGGUACCUGCAAGCAUAAGCCCCAUUAGAGGGCUUCCUCUGGGAGCAGCUGCAAAAACUGGGGCACCAGACAUGUGGACGAGCUCCUUUUUGGGAUAUACUGAUGACCUACCUGGAGUGAGGCAGAGGGAGAACAGGAAGAUGUCCCUACCAGUCUCUGUGGUUUCUGGAGAAUAUUGCAGUUCGCCUCUAGAAGUGUUUUAAAUUAGAAACCUGCCCCUCAAGCCAAAACUUUAAAGUAUGUGAGACCUAAAAAGGAAAAAAACUGGCGUUCUGUUAGAGCCAGAAGCCAUCUCUGUAUCUGAACCACCAUCUGACUGGUUACUGUAACAAGGAGACUGAGCUGGAAAGGCACUUGAGGUGGUACUGUGAGCAUCAGAAUUGUGACAUUUAAAUUCCU